AUGAGGACAGUAUUCCUACAACAACGCUUUAUUUGUGGCAAUGGCAUGGCAUUAUCGAUGGUCUUGGAAGAGGCUCGGGCCUUCAACCGCAAGGGUAAUGGUAUUCUAUUAGAUCAGGAGAAAGCUUAUGAUCGGGUGAAUGCUGACUAUCUGUGUGCUGUCCUUCAUUGUCUUGGGUUUCCAGCCAGCUCUGUAUCACGUGUCAAAUUAUUGUUUUUUUUGGAAAUGAUAUGUAUAUCAAUGUCAAUGGGCACUUCGCCUCAGCAAUCAAAAAGGAACGUGGUAUCCGUCAAGACGAUCCUUUGCCCCCCUCUACUAUUUGAUAUUGCACUGGAGCCGUUCCUUUUGUCCAUCCUGCAAGACCCUAUUUUCCACGGCUUUAAGGCGAGCAAUAGUGCAUCUGCGGAGAUGGUCUCUUCUCAUGAUUCACCAGCUGUCAAAUGCCUGGCGUACGCUGAUGAUGUCUGUGUCCUUCUACGAGACGAACUCGAUCUGCAUCGCCUCCAACUUCACAUGGCCAACUAUGCCGCAGUCUCCAAUGCCAAGUUCAAUGAAGACAAAUCGGAAGCCUUUUCUCUGUCUGGUCGUCGCUCUUCGGCGUGGGUGCAAGCCUUUGAAGACAUGAACGUUCACACAUACCACCACCAAGGCUCCACUACGGCGUUUCUAUAUCUUGGUUUGUACUUUGCUUACAACCAUGCUCAACGUGCUCAAACAGAAGAGAUGUUACUCAACUCAAUCAGAACUCAAUGUCAGGUCUACGGACAACGACAACUGUCCAUCCUGGGUAGAGUCACCAUCGUCAACAGCCUCAUUUUGCCCAAGGUGUGCUACAGUCUACACAUGCUGAAGCCUACCAAACGGUUUUUAGAGAAAGUAAAGUCUUGUGUUUAUCAAUUUGUCUGGAAGAAGAAGCGGCCAUUACUACGCAAAGAACUCAUAUUCCUACCCAAGUCCAGAGGUGGUCUUGCUGUUCUCAACCCUUCUCUUCAACAACUGAUUCUCCAAAAACGCUGGCUCAAUUACCUCGUUAAACCGCAGAAGUAUCCGUCCUUCCUGCUGCCCUUCAUGCUCUAUCACGUAUCACUGCUACCGGCUUCAUCAGAGUUUCCUUACAUGGCCUUCUUAGAUGCUGAAUACCGCAAGUCCUCCCUGACACACAAGGAUCUCUCUAUCUGGCAUUCUAUCUUCGCCAUGUAUGAUUACUUUGAUUUCAAUGGACUUCAACAAGUGGAUUUCCUACCGUUCCAGACCAUCAUGCAAUUGUCUUUGCACAAGCUGCUCAUAGGCCUCAGCGAUGAUCACUGGCUCCGGUGUCACCCCAGGUUUCCAGCCACCAAGUUGCUGAUCUUUGAUAACCAGCAGCAACGGCUGCGUCUUCGUGUUGCUUCUGAGUAUUCUAGCUACUCACUUUUUUGUGCCUCAUGUUACCAAGAAAUUCUCGUGCUCAAAACCGUCAAACUGGUUCCUGGUGUGUGGACUCGCAUCCUGCAGCCUCCUUCCACCUCUAUCUUGGAUUGGACGAGCUUUGAUUUCUUUGACAAAUUGGGCAUUACCGAACACUGGAAGCAAUAUCACCGAGUCACCUAUCGCCAACAGCAACAACAGCUGGUCCCUUCCGAACAUCAGUUCAGCAAAUCCAUGGCCAAGGCUUUGUGGCCCUCUCCUGCUCAUCCAGAUGCACGAACGGUUCUAUAUCGGGCACUGUCACGAUGCAUCCCCCACAAAUCCUAUCUGCGUACCAUUGGCUCUGUGGAAAACUCGAUCUGUCCCUUCUGCGCCCAAAGCACUGAUACAUUAAGGCGUUUCGUCAUUGACUGUCCCGUCAAAUGGCAACUAUGGCAAUCCGUCCUGUCUCAGCACUACCACAACUAUCCUCUGGCGCCCGAAAUCAUUUAUGGCACAGUGCGUUACCUACAUCUUCCUUGUUUUAUCAAAGAUCGUUCGAAAUACCUGGCCGUAAUAUCUACAACCUUUUGGCAAAUGUGGAACCUGUACUGGCUUCACGGUAGCCAAAAUCCAUCCCCACUCUCAUCUGCCUCAAUCGAGCGCUUCCCCACCAGGACAGCCUCUCUAAUCGAUAGACUGUUAUCUACUACUACGUAA